UCGCUCCUCACUCGCAAAACAAAGAGCACGCACGUAGAGAGCAAGAGGAAGGGGAGCGCACAAGAUGGGCAAACGAUCAAGCGUGUCCAAGUUUCCCGUUGCGCGCAUCAAAAAGAUCAUGCAGACCAACGAGGACGUGGGUAAAGUGGCGCAGGCGACACCCGUCGUUGUCUCAAAGGCACUGGAGAUGUUUAUGCAGAGCAUCGUUGAUGAGACAGUCCGGCAAGCGCGUGACAAGGGGUCAAGAAAGCUGACCUCGCAGCAUCUCAAGAGGGCAAUCCACGAAAAUGAGACAUUCGACUUUCUCAAGGACAUUGUGGCCGGUGUGGCGGAUGCCACAGAGGAAAAAGGAGAGGGUGAUGGGUCGAGGGCAACGAAGAAGAGGAAGACGGUCAGCAAGGUCGAGGAGGAGCCGGAAGAGGAGCCAGAGGCUGAUGACGACGAGGACGAGGACGAGGAGAGCGAUCAAUAGUGGACUCUAUCUUUACGACUGCGUGACACAUAUCUCUGUACGAAUAUAAUGAUAGCAAGUCAUCUUCAAGCGGCGGCUGCGUUGAAGGCGGCCUCGGGAGCAGACGUCUCGCCGUGAGGAGCACCGUGGUGAAGCGAGACGAGCUUGCGAAACAGCCUUGCAAACCAACGAAACGACCACGCGCCCUGGCAUGCUCCGUGAUAC